UACCGUCAUUUACCGUCAGUGCCUUGGAACUGUCACUAAGUUCUCCACCUCUUCAGGACAGCAUUGGGAUUUCUCACUAACAUGAAAGCUGCAUAUUUGUUUGUUUUUUUGUCUUAUUAAAUUCAAGAGAUAAGAAAGAGACGUCAGGCUACAUCACACCACGGCGUCGUUGAUUAUUAUAUGUAUCCGUGAGCCUUGGGUACCCAUGACCCUGUCACCGGUUCACGGGUUGUCCUUCCUUGGACCACUUUUGGUAGGUACUAACCACUGCAUAACGGGAACACCCCACAAGACCUGCCGUUUUUUUGGAGACGCUCUGACCCAGUUGGCUAACCAUAACAGUUUGGCCCUUGUAAAAGUCUCUCAGAUCCUUACACUUGCCCAUUUUUCCUACUUCCAACACAUCAACUUUGAGAAGUAUUGGCACCCUAUCUGGCCGGCUCUCGAAAGUAUUGGCACCCCGCACGGCCAGCUCUCAAAAAAGAACUGGCGCCCUUGACGGUCGGCUCUAAAAAGUAUUGGCGCACUACACGGCCAGCUCUAACAGUGCUGGCGCCCUAUUUGUCCGGCUCUCGAAAGUAUUGGCGCCCUACGCGGGCGGCUCUCGAAAGUAUUGGCGCCCCGUCCCGGUUUCGCCACGGCAAGCACCACUCACAUUUUCUUCAGGAAAUGUACCGGUUUAGUUAAUUUUAUUAUUUUGAUUGAUUUGUUAUUUUAAUAAUUUUAUUGACUGUUGGAGGAUUUUUAGAGGCAAUGUUAAUGUUUGUCAUUUUAGAUAAAUAAUAAAAAAAAAACACUAUAAUGAAUUUUUGUAUUCAGUAAUAACUUUGAUUGGCCAGAUAGUGUAUUAAUAACCUUUUAUUUAUUUAUUUUUUUUGCCUAUUUAAUACCUUUAUAUAUAUAUAUCUCACAUCAUAUUAAUAUUGUAAACUGUGACCAAACCCAUAAGCGAUUCUGAAUAAAAGCGCGCAUUACUUCAUAGACAGCACUCACAGAUUGCGCGCUUUGAUAUGUUUAUCCCAGGCAGCAGAGGCACGCUCCCGUGCAUGCGCGCGCCGUGGAUGCGGAUGCGCGCAGAAGGAGCGCGCACUGCGCCUCCGUGAAAUCCUUCCUUCCUGCGGGCGCGCGUGUGUGUAUGAGACUGCGUGUGCAAGUGUGUGAGAGUGUGUGUCUAUGUGUGUGUGCGAGCGCGUGCGGCAUCGCCCAUCUGCAGCAUGGACACAGCACUGUAAAAUGGCACGAUUAGGAACCAAACGACGGAAAGUCGGAGUUUAUUGAGCCUUAACACGCGAUGCGCGUCGUUAAAAUGAGCGGAAGGGAUGCAAGAGUGCACGAGCCCGGUAUCUGAAUGCAUACCAUUCUCAGAAGAAAAAAAAAAAACAACAACAGCUGAAUUUGUACCAGUUUAGUAGGAAAUACUGCUGGAGUGCCAUUUCUUUAACACCCAAAAUGCAACCUGAGGAAAAUAGGGAAUGGAAACUCAGAGGCUCCGAUGUUUGAUCAUCUGUAAACGAUGGAUACAUAAAAAGGUCGAUGACAGCGUCCCGUUUGCUCGGCGCCCUUCGUCUGGGUGGAGGAUCAGGAUCACUGCAGCACAGAGAAACGCCAAGCCGCACCGACAUACGCAGAGGAACCUCCACUCGGAAGGACCUGCAAAUGAUCCCGCUGUGUGUUUUGAGGGUCAGAGGUAAUCCUGGAUCCUCAUCUGACGUGUGAGAAGGUCAAAGACGUAGCGCGCACUCUUCCCCUACCUGUCCUUCACCCACUCUUCGCAUCAUGACCGUCGCUACAAGUGACCACAUAGAUGAAGCUGCGGCUCAUCCGGGUCAACCUCAGGACAUGUACGACCCGGAACCAGACCAUGAGUGCUGCGAGCGUGUGGUCAUUAACAUCUCAGGUCUACGAUUUGAGACACAGCUUAAGACGCUCUCUCAGUUCCCUGAUACUUUACUCGGGGACCCUAAAAAGAGGAUGCGCUACUUUGAUCCGCUAAGGAACGAGUACUUUUUUGACCGGAAUCGACCCAGCUUCGAUGCCAUCCUGUACUAUUAUCAGUCCGGUGGACGGCUACGGCGGCCAGUUAACGUCACUUUGGAUAUUUUCUCCGAGGAGAUUCGCUUCUACGAACUCGGCGAGGAAGCCAUCGAGAUUUUCAGGGAGGAUGAAGGAUUUAUUAAAGAGGAAGAGAAACUACUGCCCGAGAACGAGUUUCAAAGGCAGGUGUGGUUGUUGUUUGAGUAUCCGGAAAGUUCCGGUCCAGCCCGAAUUAUUGCCAUCAUUUCCGUCAUGGUCAUCUUGAUUUCAAUCGUCAGUUUCUGCCUAGAGACGCUACCUAUUUUUCGCAACGAGGAGGAGCUGCGCAAAACCUACAACAGCGACUCCAACUCUACAGUGAUCAGUACAUCCAACUACUUUACCGACCCCUUUUUCAUCCUGGAGACUCUCUGCAUCAUCUGGUUCUCCUUCGAGUUCCUUGUCCGCUUCUUUGCGUGUCCGAGUAAGGCAGGCUUCUUCGUGAACAUCAUGAACAUCAUUGACAUUGUCGCUAUCAUUCCGUAUUUCAUAACGCUGGGGACUGAGUUGGCUGAAAGUCCAGAAGAUGGUCAACAGGGUCAACAGGCGAUGAGUUUAGCAAUUCUCAGAGUGAUCCGAUUGGUGCGAGUCUUCAGGAUCUUCAAGCUGUCACGCCACUCAAAAGGUCUUCAGAUUCUGGGUCAGACUCUCAAGGCGAGCAUGCGAGAACUGGGGCUUCUUAUCUUCUUCCUCUUCAUCGGAGUCAUCCUCUUCUCCAGUGCCGUGUACUUUGCAGAAGCAGACGAACCAGAUUCACAGUUUAUCAGCAUUCCGGAUGCUUUUUGGUGGGCAGUAGUAUCCAUGACCACUGUAGGAUAUGGAGAUAUGGUUCCGACCACCAUUGGGGGUAAAAUCGUCGGAUCGUUGUGUGCUAUCGCUGGUGUCUUGACCAUCGCUCUUCCAGUCCCUGUCAUCGUGUCCAACUUUAACUACUUCUACCACAGAGAGACAGAGGGAGAGGAGCAGGCACAAUACCUCAACGUGACCAGCGUCCCUAAGAUUGACUCGACGGAGGAUCUGAAAAAGAGCCGAAGCGUUUCCAGCAUGAGUAAAUCUGACUACAUGGAGAUCCAGGAGGCCGUGAACAACAGCAAUGAGGAUUUCCGUGGAGAGAACCUCAAAACCGGCAACUGCACGCAUGCUAACACCAACUAUGUCAACAUCACCAAGAUGCUCACCGAUGUAUAGCUGGAUAUUUCUUGCAAGUAGAGGACAGAUUGAAAAGCUUUUUGGGAAGGGAUAUGCCAUGUUUAUCUCUGUUUCCAUGGCUUUAGGAUGCUGAAGAUUAGAGAAGCGGCAAUUGACGAGGCAAAUGAUCAACAGAUCUUUUGGAGAAUGUGAAAAAAAUUCCACUUGUAGUGGAUUUGAGAUAAAAGUUGUGUGUGCUAACCAUGUCAUCACCAUAACCUUAACUAUUCACCAACUGCAGCAGGAAUACCUAUCACUUAUUUAUAAUCGGGAGACCGUUCCCUCAUCUCUGCUUGUAGCCAAAUUCGUAGCCAAACCACUAGAAAUGCUAGCAAAGGUACCGUAAGGGACCAUCGCUAAACUGUCAACUCAAAGAGGACUUUCCUCUUC